AAACAAUGUCGAGAAUUGAAUUGUUUAACUGGAUUUCAACUAAUCAACUCUUCGUGUCGACCACUGUUAGAAUCGAUAGUUCGGCAUGAAUAUGAGAUAUCACUGUAUCUACAAGUUCAACCAACUGACAAAUGUAAUAUAAGUAGCAGUAAUCAAACGAACAGGAACAUAAUUGUGAAUGUUGAAACUGUUUCUAAUUCUAUUGUCAAUGAUAUUCUGCAUGUGUUCGACAAAGCAACCAAAUAUAUGAUAAAAGAAAGUCAAUAUUACGUAUCACCAUGUGUACGAUUUGAGGUAGAUAACGAAUUUAGGCAUGUAAAUUAUGUUGAUAUCGUUGAAAUGGACAUGUUAAAUAUACAGUUCAAUGUACGGAUAAUAAAGACUGAAAGCAUAGGAAUGGUACAGGAAGUUCUACUACAUGCUUUAGAAAGAAACUUUGAUAUAAUAGACAUAUUAGAUAUUCACGGAGUGCCACAAACAUUUCAACUCUUUUCAUCGAAGACAAACUUAAAAAGUAAAAUAGAGUCAUCAGACAUGAGAGGAUGUAAACAUAAAAAUGUUUUCGUUGACCACCGAUAUGAUGAUUUGCAAUAUACCAACUUCAUUGUGGAUGAAUUCCUUAAAUGCGGCCAUGUAAAAUUAAGUUUAAACGAGAUAUGUUUUGAAACGGGAACACAAAAUGGAAAGCUGAUAAAUAUAAAUGCUACCUUUUCGGAGGGUGAAUAUAAAGUCAUUGAUGGCAACGUUAUUAUAUGUGGAUAUUUGUACAGUCAAAGGACAUUUAUUGAACCAAAAGGGAUUCUUGUUACCCGAAUUGAAGUUAUUAAGUCUAUUUUUAUUGUGUUUUCUAUCGUUUGCACCCUAGUUUCUCUUGUGUGUUUAUUUCUCACCUUUACCACGUAUUGUUUCAUUCCAUCCCUUCGUACUGUAGCAGGGAAGAACAUUAUGGCUUUAAGUGUCUCUCUUUUCUUUGCACAGGCUUUGCUACAAUUCGGUAUCAAUACUAAAGGAAGUCGUACGAUAUGUGCUGCUAUAGGAAUAUUAGUCCAUUUCUCAUGGCUUGUUUCAUUUUUUGCAAUGAAUGUCAGCUCUUUUCAUACGUUCAAGGUUUUUUAUAACAACAGCGCAAGCACAACAUAUCGAAACAAUAGAAAUCACGAAAGUCAAUUAUUCAUAAAAUACCUAAUCUACAUGCUAUGUUUGCCAGGAAUCUUGACGAUUACAACAAUUUCGAUAAAUUUAGUAAGAUCUGAUGCAUCCGACAUAGGGUAUGGUGAAUUUUAUUGUUUUAUUUCAGAUUUCACUUUCUUCUUAUUAACAUUCAUUUCACCAGCCUGCUUUAUAUUCCUUUCAAAUAUUGUAUUUUUCUCACUUGCAUUUCAUAAAAUACGAUGUACACCUAAAGCGCAUGGCACCAGAGAGCGUAAUAACUUUUUUAUUUGUCUAAAAUUGUUUACUGUUGUCGGGAUUGCAUGGCCAUUACUUAUCAUUGACAACGUGUUUGGGAUAACUUGGUUUUCUUUUAUUGUUGCCGGAAUAAAUUCGUUACAAGGCGUUUUUAUAUUUGUCGCAUUCGUUUUAAAUAGACAAGGUGUGACCGCACUGCUUUUAUCUAUUUUGGAAAAAUCAAGAAAGCGAAGAAAAAGUGGGAAUAUAAGUAAUAGUUUAAGCGGUCCUAUAAGCAAAACACUAAAAACAGACAUAGAAAUCAAACAUAAGGAUGCCUUAAAUAUAAAAUAGUAAAACGUCAAAAAUGUUGUUAGAUCCUACGAAAAAUGUUUAUCUUGGACAAUUAUUUAAACGAUUUAUGGCAAUAUAAUCUGUUUACUAUGUUGACUUUUAUUCAACUAAUAACUAAUGGAACUAAUUGCUGUACGAAUAUGGAACUAUCUCAAGCAACUAGCAAAGUAUCAGUAGAAUACUUUUAUUAAAAUGUGUCUUCAUGUUAAUGAUUGCUUCUUUUUGUCUUCUUUCUUUUAUUGCAGUUUGUUUCAUUAAUUAAAUUCUCACAAAAGGCUAUUACAUUUUCCAUUUUUUGACAUUGGGAUUUGAACAUUAGUUUUUAAACUUGUUUUUUUAUGAAUUUUCAUCACAAUGUAUAUA